AUGGCGACGGCUUCAGCGACGUUCAAGUCGCGCGAGGAUCACAGGAAGCAGCAGGAGCUGGAGGAGGCGCGUAAGGCGGGUUUGGCGCCAGCCGAGGUGGACGAGGAUGGCAAGGAGAUCAACCCGCAUAUCCCGCAGUACAUGUCGUCCGCGCCCUGGUACCUCAACGCCGAACGACCCAGUUUGAAGCAUCAACGGAACUGGAAGGGCGAGGGGAACUACGCCAACCAGUGGUACGACCGAGGAGCCAAAGGGUUUCAGGCUGAGAAGUACCGCAAGGGCGCCUGCACCAAGUACGUGCCCUGCCUCAACACACUGCUUGGAUCUUACACCUUGUUGAGCUGUCGUUUAGCUUGA